CUGUGGGGAGCGCUUCUCUGCCUUUCUCCUGCAGGACUUGCUGGUCAGCUUGCCCAUCCCUCCCUUUCCAUUGAAUGCCUAUGUGCCUGUCUGUCUUUCUGUCCGCCUGUCUCACCCCAUGAGUGCUUAAAGGCUUGUCUGCCUUGUUCCCCAAGAGCUCGUCUAUCUGUCUCCUCUUCCUUUGAGCCCAUGUCUCUCCAUGUCUCUUGGUCCUAAAGUGCUUGUCGCCCUGCUUUCCCCCUGAACACACCUCCAUCUCUGUCUUCCCCUCCGAGUGCUUCUCUGCCAUUGUCUUCCUCCCUAAGUCCGUGUCUGUCUUUUCCUGUAGGACUGUCUGCUUGACCAUUUUUAUUUGUCCCUUUGCUUACUUGCCUGUCUUUCAAUCUGUCUGAGUGCCUAUCUCCUCCCUUUCUCUUUCCCUGUUUGAGUGUGAGAUUCCGUCUCAAGCUCUCUCCCCUUGAGUCUGUGUCUCCCACUGCUUCCCCCUGGGGAAUUGCAGAAUAAAUAAUCCCUGUCCUUUUGCUGCUAGGUACUUGGACCAGAGCCCCCGAUAGAACUUUGAGGAGAAGAAUCAACUCUCCCAUCAGAUUUAUAUUCACCCAAGAUAAAACUUGGCAGCUAAUUGCUCUAGAAUGAGAUGUCUUUUUUGGGGGUGGGUGGGGGGGUUGGGGAGGGAAUAUAUAGGUUAUCUUCAGUUCUUUUAUUUCUCCCUUCAAAGCCUUUUCUGAAAAAGACUAUGCAGCCUUUUCAGUUUCCCAGUUUUUUGGUUUUUUUUUUUUUUAAGCUUGUCUACUUUGUGGUUCAAGGAGAAUGAUUUCUUGAAAUCUAGAAGCCAUUUUUUGGAACAAAAAUCUGCCAUAGUUCCUUUUUUCUUUUGGGAUCUGAGGAAGGGAAGGAGACACAUCAGAAAUCCUCUGUGAAAGAAGCUAUCCACCUUUUCUAAUUUAAUCUGGAGGGUAAUAUAAUGCUAUUUUGUUUGUUUCUCCAUAUGGGAAAUUUCCUUACAUGUAUUUUCUGGUUAAUUUUGCCAGUUAUAUCUUUUAUUUAGGGUUUGGAGGUCAGUCACAAAUUGUUUUUCUUCUCAAUAUUGAUUUUGCUUCUUUCUUUUUAUUUCCACAGUUUCCACUCUGUUUCAAGACCCUGACACCUGAAUUACUGCAACAGACAACACUGUGAUUAUACAGUCCUUCUACUUGCAUACCUUGUAGAGUUUUACUGGUUAUAGAAUAAUGGAAAACCAGUUGGCCAAGUCCACUGAAGAACGAACAUUUCAGUACCAGGAUUCUCUUCCUUCAUUGCCUGUUCCUUCUCUUGAUGAGUCACUAAAGAAAUAUCUUGAUGCAGUUAAGCCAUUUGCAAAUGAAGAAGAAUAUAAACAAACAGAAGAAAUAGUUCAAAAAUUUCAGAAUGGAAUUGGAGAAAAGUUACACCAGAAAUUGCUUGAAAGAGCAAAAGGAAAAAGAAAUUGGCUGGAGGAAUGGUGGUUGAAUGUUGCCUACCUGGAUGUUCGUAUACCAUCACAACUGAAUGUCAACUUUGGAGGCCCUGCAGCUCACAGUGAACAUUACUGGCCUCCAAAAGAAGGCACACAGUUAGAAAGAGGAUGUAUAACUCUUUGGCAUAAUCUGAAUUAUUGGCAACUACUAAAAAUGGAAAAACUAGCAGUUCAUAAAAUUGGAAACAUACCUUUAGACAUGAAUCAAUUCCGAAUGCUGUUCUCUACAUGCAAAGUACCAGGAAUUUCUAGAGAUUCAAUCAUCAGUUACUUUAGAACUGAGAGCGAAGGACAUACUCCAAGUCACAUAGCAGUGUUGUGUCGAGGCCGAGUUUUUGUCUUUGAUGUCAUGCAUGAAGGUUGUAUGAUGACUCCGCCAGAGCUGCUCAGGCAACUUACAUAUAUCCAAAAAAAAUGCCACAGUGAACCUGAUGGACCUGGGGUAGCAGCAUUAACCAGUGAAGAGCGGACCCGAUGGGCUGAGGCAAGAGAAUAUCUGAUUAGUCUUGAUCCAAAGAAUUUGACUAUAUUGGAAAAAAUUCAGAGCAGUUUGUUGGUCUAUUCCUUAGAUGAUGCUAGUCCACAAGUAACACCUGAAGAUUAUUCUGAGGUAACUACACUGGUGCUUACUGGGGAUCCAACAGUACGCUGGGGCGACAAAUCUUAUAACUUUAUUUCCUUUUCCAAUGGAUUGUUUGGCUGCAAUUGUGAUCAUGCACCUUAUGAUGCUAUGGUCAUGGUUGAUAUCUGUCAUUAUGUGGAUCAGAAGAUCUUUGAAAAUGAGGGGAGGUGGAAGGGUUCUGAAAAAGUGAGAGGAAAUAUCCCUCUGCCAGAGGAGCUUGUUUUCACUGUGGACCAUAAAGUUUUAGAUGCCAUUAGCCAGGCUAAAGAGCAAUAUCUAAAACAGGGAUCAGACUUGCAGAUUGUGACUUAUGCCUUUAAAUCUUUUGGCAAAAUGCAAACCAAGAAGAAGAAGCUUCAUCCAGAUGCUUUUAUUCAGCUGGCACUUCAACUGGCCUACUACAGACUUCAUGGAUGCCCAGGUAGCUGUUAUGAAACUGCUAUGACAAGGGCUUACUACCAUGGUCGCACAGAGACUGUGAGAUCAUGUUCUUUGGAAGCAGUUGAAUGGUGCCAGACCAUGCAGGAUCCCUCUGCCAGUCUUCAUAAACGGCAGCAAAAGAUGUUACAAGCUUUUGCAAAGCACGGUAAAAUGAUGAAAGAAUGUUCAUCUGGGAAAGGAUUUGAUCGUCACCUCUUAGGUCUCUUUCUCAUAGCCAAAGAGGAGGGGCUACCCAUUCCAGAGCUCUUUACAGACCCAAUUUUCUCCAAAAGUGGAGGGGGUGGAAAUUUUGUCCUGUCAACCAGUCUUCUUGGUUAUACACGAGUCCAUGGAGUGGUGGUGCCUAUGAUUUAUCGUGGCUAUGGCUUUUUCUACCACAUCAGAGAUGACAGGUUUGUCGUGGCCUGUACAGCUUGGAAAUCAUGUGCAGAGACUGAUGCGGAAAAGCUGGUUAGGAUGGUAUUCCAUUGUUUCCAUGAUAUGAUGCAGUUGAUGAAUACUGCUCAGCUUUAGAGAAUGAUUCUGAAUUAAAUCCAAACCAAAAUAUGUUAUUAAAAGAUGUACUGGGCAUGAAUUGGGGCUAUGCAGAGGAAACUUGAUUUGGCAGAAAGUAGUUAAAUGUAGAAGUAAUGAAGAAGAAUAUCAAUAUUAUAUAGCACUUACUGCCACAUAUUCUAGAAAUAGAGCAUUGUCUCCCAGCUGAAUGUAAUGCUUGCAGCAAUAGAACUAACUAAACACUGAAUCUAGAACUAUGCAAUACAUAAUGUAUGCCUUAAUGAUACAUAUUCAUCCAUUUUUCCAGUGCAAGUCUUAUUCAAACUUUAAUAUGAGAGAUUUUUGUGGAUAUCUGUAUAAAAACACUGUCAUUGUUCUUGCUUGAUCAUUGUCUUAUUUACAUGUUCCAUCCUCCAUGCACUUUAUCUCUUUCUAGCUGUCAAAGGGCAUGACAAAUAUGUUCAGAGGCUCAGCUAUCUAAAAUUCAUGCCAUCCACUUCCACUGCAGAGAGGCCAAAUACAGGUUUACUGUGUGUGAGGGAAGAGACCACUAGAAAAACUAGACUAUGGAAAACAACAAAAACUAGUUUGUAGCCAGGUAGUUGAUGCUAAAGAGAUAAUAAACCUAAUAACGUAGCUCAUCUUGUAUUUUGGUGAUUCAUGAAUAUAAAUACAAAGCACUUGAUAGAAAGUCAGUUUUUAAAAUUUUGUGAAGGUUUAAUUGACAAAUUCUCAGGAUCUUCUGCUUUCUUUGCUUUUUGAUAUUUUUUUCUCUGUACCUCUUUGUAGUUUGCACUCUGAAAAUAAAAUUUAUUGAAUCAUCUCUUGUGUGUGUUUGAACUUAGUGCCACUUUGAGGUAUUUUGACUUACCACAGAAGAACUAUUUUCAACAUACUUGAUGCGCACUUCUGUUUUUGCCAUUCUCAGAUUGGAGAACAGUUCACUCUGAUUUUGAUAACAUUCAGAAUUCCACUUCUCUGUUUCUUCCCACUCACCUAAUACAACUGAAGUGGUAG